AUGGCAAUCUCAGUGCGUAUUUUCAAGACUUUGCGUCUAGGAGUCAGCAGUUCAUCUUCAAAAUGUAAUCUUCCAGACACCUAUGGUACUGCCGUAUGUGUACCUCAGGCAGCUUUAGUAUGCCGUGUUAAUGUCGCCCAAGCGAAUCAUCUGAGUCAAUAUGACACAAGGUGCGACAAACAAACCUUGCGUGUGACUGCGGUAUCUCAAUCUGCAAAAUUGCUGCUAUCACUUUGA